GCUCGGCCUGCUUGGGAGUGAUGGAUGGCCCUUGGAGUGGCUCCCGGCCUCUCCCGCCUGCCUGCCCGGAAAACAAUCCCCGGGAUGCGGCGUGAGAAGGGGCUGGGGCCGGGCCAGCGCCUCGGGAGCGGCCGGAUGAGUCAGUGCAGGAGGCCCUGGGUGACCCUGUGCUGUGUCACCGCCGGCCAGAAGGUUCCAGAGCCCCCAGCUCCUGGUCACCCAACAGCCAGAAGGUUCCAGAGCCCCCCAGCCCUCUGGCACUCCAGUGGCUGCAGUGCUCUCUCAGCACCGUGGAAGGGAUUCUCAUCUGGGGCCAGAGCCCAGCUCCCGUGCUGGGGAAGGGCUGUUUUCCAGCCCAGCAAGCCUAGCAGCUCUGGAGCCCAUCCCCUGUGGCCCCAGAUUUGCCCUGGAGAAGACAGGAGCUCACGGCAUCUACAGCUGUACUCACAACCCAGAGAGAGAGCGCACGCGCGACAGGAAAAUACUGAAGUAUUUCUACAGAGUAUUUGUUCCAGUUGGCUCCCUCCGCGGCAGGAGACAGAGACUGUAAAAGAGGAAGACUGGAAUUUUUCCCUGAUGUGCUGGCUGGUCCGCGGCGCCGCUGCAGUCGGGGCUCGGGUUUUUGGGAGCCGCGGCCCCGCGGGGACUGCAGGGCUGGGGCUGCAGGGCAAUCCCCGCUGCUGGCUCGGCUGUUGUCAGGGGAUUCCCCCAUGUCCCAGCAGGGUGGGGGCUCCAGCGGCCGCUCUGAGCUCCCCGUGGGGCCGUGGGGGGACGGGGGCUGUGGGGCAGCAGCUGGAAUUGCUGGGAUGGUUUUCGGAGCGCGUGGCUCAGGGUUUGUGGGGAUGCUGGGGGAACUCACGUCCUCCAUCUCCCCAGGCUCCAGGAGAGCAGAACCCUUUGUCUCCUCCUGCUCCAUCCAGAGCUGCCACCCUGCCCGGGGCUGGCACGUGGGGACAAGCUGCACCAUGGAGUGCCACGAGUGUGUCCCCUCCUUACCUGCUCACCCCAUUUCUAACCCCUCUGCUUGUUCAGGUGUCUGUCCAGCGGGUGCUGGGACACCCAGGGGCUGGCACCUGUCACUGCCCAGCUCCUGGGAUUUUGGCCAAGGGCUGGUGAAUCCUCAGCCUCUGGCUGGGCCUGGACACGCCAGCUUUGGGAGGCUGACCCUGAAGUGCCCCUUCGCUCCCACCUCUGUCCUCCCAGCUCCUUUGGUUCAUCAGGCCCCGCCUAACGAGGCUGAGCUCCAGAGGAUCCUCCCGAUCCCGGCUGGCUGGAAACCAGCGCCAGAGCCUGCCUUUCCAUGCAGGGGCAGCGGGUUAAUCCGGGCAGCUGCUCUCCCACCCAGGGAGGCUCAUCCCCGUUGUCCUGCUCCAGCCAUCCGGAAAACGCGGGGCCGCGGCGUUAAACACCAACCCCCCCGGGGGCCACCACUGUCCUCAGCGCCUGGGGGGCUUUUUGUUUUUUGGGAAAUCAGCAAAAUCCUGCAAAAGCCGGGUGGCGGGCCAAGCCCGGGACCCUCCUGCCUCUCUCUUGCCAUAAUUCAGUUUAAAAAGCAGCCACUUUUCCCCAGAGCAGGAGGGGACUGGGGGCUGCGAGCCCAGAGGUGGGACAGGCCAGGGGAUGGCUGCAUGCACCCCCUGCCCAGCCCCGGGCCCUGCAGCUCCCUCCUCCUGGGGGUGCCCCCCAGACUGGCUGGGUGGGUGGGUGCCAGGGCCCUGAGCUGGGACAAGCAGCGUUUCUCCCUGGAUCUCCUCGCUUGGGAAGAGAAUUACAGGUGCUGCCAGCUUUGUUCAUCCAUGGCUCGGCGUGUGCUCAGGUCUGGGGGGACCCCAAAAUGUUUUGCAGAGUCCCUGUCCCCCGUGACACCCUGGGGACAACUUCACUGGGGGAAACAGGGCCUUGCUCACCUCUGGCUGGCAUCACACCCUCCAGCUGAGCCUGCCCCCGUGCCCACCUCCCCG